AUGGCCGACAUUCCCGAAAUUCUAGUCCACAUCGCCGCACCCAGCACUGCCCAGGACGAUGCGCGCUACAGGGCCCAGGUCGCCGCUAUAUUGGGUUUCCAGUGCGUCUCGCGCCAACCAUUGAUGCAGGCCUCAGAUCCCGAUGACCAUCACGCGCAUUCCUUCUCCGCUAAUCCCGGGGUGCAUUUGCAUUCCUCGCCCUCGGCCCAACACGAGGUCUUGCCAAUAUUGCGGGAGGCGUCCCGACCCGUUCUUCUCGAUUCUUCCUCAGAUCGUAACUGCCUGGAGACGGAUGGCCCGGCUUUACGUCCGAUCUCAAGUCACCUGGACUCCCUGGAAAGUCUCAUAAGUGUGAUUCCAGACUCCCAGCCAGAGAUCGGCGAACUAGUCUGCGCCUCCCAAUCUCGUGCAGAACUAUCGUCUUCGUCGCAGGAUCCACCCGCGAAACGACGUCGUACAGCGUCAAUCUCCCCUGAAGGACAAGGAUCAAUCCAGGAAUCUAGAUCCACUGCAGCGGACCAACCCACUGCAGCUCAUAGCGUGAACCCCCUUUGCCAGGAUCCACGCCCGGGCUUCCCAUCAAAUCCCAUUCUUAUACCUUCCUCAGAUCCAGAGUCAGCAAUAGACUCUACUACGCCCAUCCAAAAUGCUAUCAAUCUCACAUCCCUUCCCCUUCAAAUCCAUCCCCCCAAACCUCCCAUCUCCACAGCCCGCUUUACAACACACGUAACUCCAACCCUAUCCAUGCUCACAGAGCGUCUAAAACCAGCCCGCACAUACAAACCAUCCCGCCAAUCCCGCCCUCUCGACCCGCUAGAGCGCGGAUACUGGCUUCUGCGCUUCGCCAUCGAGCCACAGGACGAAGGCACCCGGGAUUCAACCGAGCUUCCAAGUCCAGGAACCAUUGACGCCAAUAAACCCAAACCGAAAUCAAAAGACAUCCAUGUUUGGCCCGCCUCGCUUUUCCACGCUUUCUGGUCCUUCUUGCAGGACUUUAUUGGCAAAGAUGGCCGUGCGGGCUGGGGCGUGUGGUGUAUUCUUGAGGCGGCGCCGUCGUCGCAGAGCUCAUCUGCUACGCACGUUGCAUUGAAGGUCUAUACCUGGGGCGAGGUUGUGAUGCAUGUUUAUCUUCUUCUCUUCCUGGCGAGUGAGCGGCAGGUUCGUGGGAUGGGGAUUCAGUGGCGGGACGCAAAAGAAGAAGUGAUUAUUCAAAUGCCGUAA